AAUGGAAUUAUCUGAAAACUCCCAAUCAAUAUCAGGCUGGCUCUAAGAAUAUGACUAAAAGACAGUUCCACAAAUUACUAAACCUAUAAAUUGUAUAUUUUAUAUUUAAUAUCUAUAUAGAAUAAGCAAUAAAUAAAAAGAAAUUGACUAAAAGAAGUGUGAGUUUGUGUUAACAUAGAUAAGAGUAAGAAUAAUAUAAAUCAAGUACUUAUUUAUAAUAUAUUAUAAGAUCUAUUGCUAUAAAUUAGAAAUUAAAGUUAGAUGCCUCUACCAAAUUACAAUAUGAAUAAAAACAAUAAAAUAUAGGAAUUAAAGAGAAUAAUGGAAUUUCUUUAAAUUAAUGAACAAUCAAAAUUCAAUGCAUAUCAUCAAUAUCAAUAAAAUCAUAAUUUAAAAGAAGAAAAAUAAGAAAUUAUUCAAUAAACUAAAGCAUAAUUUAGGAUUAAAUUAAAGUAAAGAUCUUAUUUAAUUGAGUUCUUCAAAUAAAUAAAUUUUAUAACCAUUAUAAGAAAUGAAUCAAAUAAAUGCUUCAACUGAUAGACAAUAAAAUUGUUAGACUAAUAAUAUAAAACAUAGAAAGACACAUCUCAAAACUGAUAAUAAUCAAGAUUUAAAAAAAUCUUCAUCUAUUCAUAGAAUACUUAAUAUAAAGGAAGUCAAACCAAGAAUGACAAAGUAGUUAAAUGAGGUAUAAUAUAAAUAAAAGGAAUAUGAACUACUUUAAUUGAUGAUAGAGAAACACAAAGAAAAUGUGUAAUAAUAUUUACCUAAAAAGAACAGAUACUUAAGAUGA